GAAUUCUCAACAAACACGACAUAAGAGUUUACUUUCAUACAACGAAUACUCUAUGUUCCAACCUAAUGAAAGUUAAAGAUGUAGUACCUAAAGAAAAUCAACAGAACUGCGUUUAUGAAAUAAAAUGCGGAGAUUGUACUGCAGUAUAUGUAAGGGAAACAGUCAGGCAGGUAAAUGUGAGUGUCAGUGAGCAUAAACUAUGCUUAAAGCAGAUCCCGAAAACCUCAACAGAGGUUAAGAAACUAGAAAAUAAAUCCACAAUCAUGGAUGGAGAUGGGACACAAAAUUAACUGUGACGGAACUAAGGUUCUACAAAAAGUUUUUAGGUCAUACCAAGAAAGAUUGACGGCCGAAGCCCUACAUAUAUGGGUGAAUCCAGACAGUUUGAACAGACGAGAUAGAGUACAGUUAGCUGCCUCUUGGCAAUUAGCAAUUAGUAAGCAAAAAAAGAGUGACUCAAAGCAUUUAGCGUCAACACCAGUGUCAACUUCAUUAUUUCUGUAUCAACAACAACACAAUCUGGAUUUCUUUGAUUCACUAUUACUAUCAUCAUCUCCAUCACCACCAUCAUUAUCAUUACUCAUUUCCACUCUUUUUCCGGUAAAUCAACGAAAAAUUCGUUAAUACUAUUCAUCGCCAUAUCCCAACUGAAACUGCAUGCUUAUCCACCUUCUUCAUUCCAUUGUACUUAUAAAAUUACCGAAUGACUAUA